AUGGUCCAGUCCUACACCAGCAUCUGCAACAGGCGUGUGCAGGGCCGCCCGGAGCACCAGGAGAUCUCCUGCAGCAGAGAGUGCGUUGGAGCUUCGUUCGGGUGUCUGGACUUCUUCUGCAGCGAUCACGAGUUUUGUGGCACCAGUCGUUACGGCGAUCCCUACUGCAUGUGCCGCGCCAUCUACGCCAAGCCCUUCAGGGAAUCCGGUACCUACACUCUCCCAGUGCAUUGUGGGUUGACCUCCACAUCCAUCAGUCUGGUGACCUGUCUGUUGGAGGAGACGGGCUUCUCACCGCUGGAGCUGCGUCUACAGGACCCCAGCUGUGAGGGCCACAUGGACCCACACACACACAUGCUCACAUUCAGCUACGAGCACAACAGGCCCUGCGGAGCACAAGUACAGUCCAGCUUCAGUCAGACCGUGUACAAAAACGCCAUCGUCUUCAGCAACAGUUCGUCAAACGUGAUCACGCGGCAGCAGGACUUCCACGUCUCCUUCGAGUGUGUUUACGCCAACACCAAAGAGCUCAGCCAACUCUACACCGCCGUGCAGAAUUCGGUGUCGAUCCACUCCUCUGGUUUCCGGGAUCGCAUGGUCCAGAUGAACCUGUACUUGGACCAGAACCUGUCCAGACUCGUGGGUCCAAAGGAGAUGAUCGAGCUGAACACAAAGGUGUGGCUGGAGGUGAAGGCCCUGGACGGGAGGAGAAACCUGAAGCUGCUCUCCUGCUGGUCCACGCCCACUCCUGCUGCUGACGGACCAGUGAGGCACCACCUGGUCCAGAAAAGUUGCCCUAACCCUGACGAUGGUACGGUGCUUGUGGAGAAGAACGGUGUUGACAUCAGCAGCGUCGUCUCGUUUCGAAUGUUUCAGUUUCUGGGAAAUUCCAACAUCAUCCACAUCAGCCUGCACGUGUGUGUAUCCCCCUGCCCCAUGGACUGCCCUUCUGCCUCGGUCUGA